AUGAAUGAUAGUUUUGAGGCAAAUAAAAGAAAAGAAUACUUUACCAAAGCAUGUGAAAAAAUAUUUGAAGUUGUUCAUUUUUAUGAAGAACAAUAUAUCUGUAAAGAGCAAAUGCUUGCUGAAUAUUUUGCAUGGAAUGGUGAUAAUUUAAGUCCUCUAUAUGCACAUUAUGACAACUGCUUAUAUGUACAAGCUGAACUAGUACAUGAAAUUGAUGUAAAAACUGAUGCUAUCAAAAUGGUAGAGGUGGUUGAAGAAAUAAUAAAUAAGCUGCAUGAAAGUGAAAAAUUAAUUUCACCAAAAGAUAUCAUACAGAUUUAUUGUCAACUUAAGUGUGAUAAUGAAGAGCUUAUCUCAUUGAAUAUUUAUUAUAAAACACAAAAAAAAAUUGUCUGUACAAAAGCAGACGCUUAG